CUUGGAUGACAUAACCUUUCUUUAUGCCGCAGCACAUCCUAAUAACGUUAUCGUACCAGUAGAAUCUAUAAUGUUAGCGCAAGAGACAAGCUGUAAACGUUUAGGAUCUUGGCUGACAUAUUUGUUAGUGUGUUUGUUUGGUAUUGGUUCUUGGAUUGCAAUCAAUGGUAUUUGGGUUGAAAUACCCUUACUUGUUGAUCAUCUCCCAGAGAAAUGGAAUCUUCCUUCUUACUUAAUCAUUACUACUCAGUUGGCCAACAUUGGAGUGGUAACGUAUGCUACUGGRAGGCGACUAGCACCUCGUGUCUUUACAGAAAAGACAGCAAUUCUCGUAAUCGUUACAAUUGGCUCGAUAUCGUGUCUUUUGAUGGCUUUGUUUUGGAAUAAAGUAACUCUAGUAUCGAAUUCAAAGCACAGCGUCGCAUUUAUGGUAUUGUCAUUUUUUCUAGCACUAGUGGAUUGCACUUCAACUGUGGUAUUUUUAUCGUUCAUGGCAAUUUUUCCUCCAUUUUACCUUAGUGCAUUAAUGUUAGGUGAAACAAUGAGUUCARUGUUGCCAGGUUUUGUUGCCCUUGCACAAGGCAUUGGGGAUGAUAUUCCAGGCAGAAACAUAAGCUCUAAUACAACAAACAGUCAUACACACUCGCACAAAGAUGUCAAUUUUAGUCCAAGUGUAUUUUUCCUCUUUCUGUUUGCUAUGAUGAUCACCUCUGGGACUGCCUUUUUAGCUCUAAAUUACCUCCCAGUGGCCAAGAAACAACAUGUGAAAACAGUCAGUAUUAAGCGAGCCAUUGCUGAUGAGAYGUCUGUGUUACUGAAUGAUAAUGAUGAURYACAAAUAACAAGCAGUAAUAUUAACAUAACAUUGUGUAGUAAAGUAUUCAUAUUCCUGCUGGUYAUCAAUGCCUGGGUGAACUGUAUGUCCAAUGGAGUGAUUCCAACUGUCCAGGUUUAUGCAUGUAAGCCAUACGGAAACAAACCCUACCAUCUUGCUGUUACUAUAUCAUCAAUUUCAAGUGCAGUGACUUCUAUUACAGCCAUGUGGUUACCUUGUCGCUCUACUACUAAAGUUGCCUGUCUUGCUUUUGUCUAUACAUUAUUUAGUGGCUAUAUUUUAACAUUAGCUGUCAUGAGUCCGUAUCCACCUCUUCAUCAUGAUACCAUUGGUGCUGUGCUCAUGGUUGUUGCCAAUAUUCUGAGCAGCUGUUUGACAACUUAUACAAAACUGGCCAUAUAUGUAAUUUCAAGAAAAUCUGGAUCAAAAGCUUUAUUUUGGUGUGGAAUCACAGCCCAGAUUGGWUCAUUUGUAGGUGCAGUUGUAAUGUUUCCCCUGGUGAACRUGGCAAAGGUGUUCCAUCAAGCAUAAAAUAUGAUUAUUUGAAAGAAAGAAAUUAGAAUACUUUUAUUAGUAGAUUGUAUGGGUCUUUCUUGAAGUUUUUGGAAUCUCUAGUAUUCCCGAUUAAUCUUUWAUAUUGCAGGUAGGGCAUUAUUUAGAUUUUGCCACAUUGAUGACCUUGUAGUCAUAUGAGCAACUGAUUUUUCAGUGCAAAUCAGUAUACAAAUAAAUCUAAGUGUGCAGAUCAAAAUAAAUUUCAUGAAGCACAUUCAACAAUCAACUCUAAUCAAUAAAAUCACCUUUUUUCCACCAUGUAUACUGAAUAAGUUGCCAAUUCAAUAGCGUAUGGAGAUGUUACAUGUAGUGAAACUUGUCUGUGCAGAAUUCAUAUUACAAUGCAAAAGUCACCAUGAAAAAAACAAGGUCAAGUACUAGUAUGAACUAAUAUUGCUUGCUAUGCCAGUGGUCGGAAAUGUAUGGUAUUUACUGGUCUAGGAUUGUACAUACCAACUCGAAUGAUAUCAAAGUGCAGAUUUUCAGUAAAAUAAUUUUAUAAAUGUAAAUGGUAGGUAUAGGUGAUUUUUCAUGAUGGAUUUGUGCAUACAAAAUUCACAAUCUGUUUACAUCCUUCGGUUAAAGGUCAAAUCUUACAAUAAUUCCAUUUCAUAUAAUAUAAAGGGAUAAUAAUAAGUGAAUUUUUACUUAUAUUAUGAUGUUUUUUAUUUUCAAACAUGAGAAAAAGCUCGAAAGGGAUGCUGGUGGACCAUGUCCCUUUAAUUGGAAUAGUUCUCACCCUAUUAUAAGAGAUUUGGGAACAGAAAAACAAACAUCAAUGAUCUCUAUAAUAUAUUUUGCUUUACAGUUUGUGAAAACUACUUUUACUAGAGUAAAAAUUAUUGUAAUUUGUCUUCCUUACAAAGCAAGACUUACAUUGCAUUCCAUGAUUUUAAAACAGAUACAAAAUUGCCUCUUAAAAUAAAACUCAUUUACUGAAAGAUUUGGAAAAUAAAUUGAAAUGGAAAUAAAUUGUCUAAAAAACUACCAAUGGAUGUCUGUACAAAAUGGAGUUGAGCAUACURUCAGUAUAUAUCACAAUAAAGAUUGGAAUGUUUUCAGUUUUUGCAUACACAAAAGGAAAGUGUAGAAGUACACUUGUAGAAGGCUAUAUCCUUGGUACUCUUUACAUUGCAAGGCCCUGUAGUUAUUCUUGCAAACCAUAACAUCCUUUUUUCAUUGCAUAAAUUACAUUAAAAAAGUUUUAUCA